UUCGCACCUCACCGUCUAUACGGAGAGAGAGGGAGAGAGAGAGAGAGAGAUGGAGACCGGAAAAUGCAACGGAGGCACAACGGCGGAGAAGUUGCCGGAGAUCAAGUUCACGAAGCUUUUCUUCAAUGGCGAGUUCCACGACGCCGUUUCAGGGAAAACAUUUGAGACAAUAGAUCCAAGGGAUGGGAAAGUGAUAGGGAGAGUUGCGGAAGGAGACAAGGAAGACGUUGACUUGGCAGUCAAAGCCGCACGCCAUGCCUUUGACCACGGACCUUGGCCUCGCUUCUCUGGCUCUGAGAGGGGAAGAUUGAUGCACAAAUUCGCGGAUUUAAUCGAAGAAAACGCGGAUGAAUUGGCAGCGUUGGACGCCGUGGAAGCCGGGAAAUCGUUCGAAUUCGCCAAGAGGGGCGAGAUUCCCACCGUCUUGAGCUGUUUCAGGUACUAUGCCGGUGCCGCGGACAAGAUUCACGGCGAGGUCGUGAAAAUGACAAAGCCCUCGAUGUUUGGUUACACUCUCAAAGAGCCUGUCGGAGUGGUCGGCCUCAUCGUUCCGUGGAACUUUCCGAGCGUUUUGUUCGCCGCAAAGGUGGCCCCGGCCUUGGCCGCCGGCUGCACCAUGGUGGUCAAGCCGGCCGAACAGACUCCGCUCUCGGCUCUGUUCUACGCUUACCUUGCUAAGCAAGCAGGAAUUCCCGACGGUGUGCUCAACGUUGUUACCGGGUUUGGUCCGAAGGCUGGAGCUGCAGUUGCAUCUCAUAUGGACAUAGACAAGAUUAGUUUCACGGGAUCGACGGAAGUAGGAAGGACGAUAAUGCAGGCCUCGGCGACCAGUAAUCUAAAGCUAGUGUCCCUCGAGUUGGGCGGAAAAUCGCCUAUUCUGAUAUUUAACGAUGCUGAUGUCGAGAAAGCCGCUGAACUCGCCCUCGUCGGUAACUUCUUGAACAAGGGGGAAAUCUGCGCGGCGAGCUCACGGGUUUUAGUACAAGAAGGCGUAUACGAUAAACUCGUGAAGAGGUUAGUUGAGAAGGCGAAAGGUUGGACCGUCGGCGACCCUUUUGAUCCUACUGCUCGUCAAGGACCUCAAGCGGAUAAGAAGCAAUUCGAGAAAAUACUGUCUUACAUUGAGCAUGGCAAGAGAGAAGGCGCGACUUUGCUCACAGGCGGCAGAGCCGUGGGGGACAAAGGGUAUUUCAUCGAGCCGACCAUCUUCGCCAAUGUCACGGAGGACAUGAAGAUAUACCAAGACGAAAUCUUCGGACCGGUCAUGUCAUUGAUGAAGUUCAAGACGGUGGAAGAAGGGAUCAAAAUGGCGAACAACACGAAGUACGGGUUAGCAGCGGUGAUAGUGAGCCCAAACAUAGACUUGGUGAACAUGGUGUCGAGGUCGAUAAGAGCGGGUCUGAUAUGGGUUAACUGUAACCUGGAACUGGACGUCUCUUGCCCGUUCGGCGGCUACAAGAUGAGCGGGUUCGGUCUAGACAACGGGUUGGACGCUCUCGACGGCUACCUUCACGUCAAGUCAGUCGUCACUCCCCUUCACAACUCUCCUUGGUUGUGAACCCUCUCUCCCUCAGUUUCACUACUCUCUCACUUUAAGAUUAGCCUUUUUCAUGUGUAUACAUUGAAAUGUAAUAAGAGAGGUUGUCCUAAACACAGCGUUAGGGCAAAGUGAAUAAAAAGGCUGACGUACCAAGAUUAUUUGAUAUA